AUGAAGCCUCUGAAGCUGUUCUGCAUAGGACUGCUCUUGUGCCCUCUGGCUUGUCUCUUGUUAGAGACAGCUACUCCUCCUUCAGCUUUACUUACCUUUGAAAUGAAAGAAAAAACAGGAUUGAAAUCAGGUGCAAUGGGUGUAUUUGCUAUUAGGAAGAAUAUUUCUGACAUCAAAAGACAAGAGACUCAAGUCUCAGGACUCCAGAGACCUCAGAUGACCAAGUUUAAAAAUCACCUGUCAGAUUUCUUCAAGAGCUCCAUACCUCCAGCAGCCAUUUUUGCUCUUUUUGUCACUAUAGCACUAAUGAAGGCAGCCAUAGUGAAUACAAGACUUGAAGAGCCUCAUAGACAAUGGACAAUUGACCAGAGAAGUUCUCUUGAAAUGCAGAAUAUGAAUCUAAUCAAGCUUUUUGGUGGGUGA